CAGAAAUAUCGUGGAGCAACGAAUCCGUGUCCGUCUGCAAGAACCUGUGCCGCAAAUUUUUUAUCUGCUGUUUGAACUUUCGAUCAAACAAAAGAAUUGGAUCCUCUCAUUCAUAUUAUAACAAAUAUACAUAGCUGUUUUUUGUUAUAUUCAUAUAUAUUAGUUUGUUUGUUUCAUUUUAUUUAUUAAUUUAUUUAGACUCAUGUCAUUGCAUAUAAGCAGUGCUGGUUUUGCUCUUGUGGGUCAUUCAAGAAUAAGAAGUGUUGCUUCGGAGCGAGAGGGUUCUGCCACUGUGAAGAGAGUGGAAGACAAGGUCAAUUUGGGUGCUUCUGGUUUGAAGGUCACAACACUUGGAAUUGGAGCUUGGUCAUGGGGAGAUACUACUUACUGGAACAAUUUUGACUGGAAUGAUAGGAAGGAGAAGGCUGCUAGAGAUGCUUUUAACGCCAGUAUUGACGGCGGUGUAACCUUUUUCGACACUGCUGAAGUCUACGGUUCUGGGCUUGCUCUAGGUGCUGUAAAUUCAGAGGUUCUUCUUGGAAGAUUUAUUAAGGAACGAAAAGAAAAAGAUCCAGAUGUUGAGAUUGCAGUUGCAACUAAGUUUGCUGCGCUACCAUGGAGAUUCGGCCGGCAAAGCGUUCUCUCUGCUCUUAAAGAUUCUCUUUGUCGACUAGGACUUGAUUCCGUGGAUCUUUAUCAGCUUCAUUGGCCUGGUGUGUGGGGAAAUGAAGGGUAUAUCGAUGGUCUCGGUGAUGCUGUCGAGAAGGGGCUUGUGAAGGCUGUUGGUGUUUCGAACUAUAGCGAAAAACGACUCCGUGAGGCUUUCGAGAAGCUCAAGAAGAGAGGUAUUCCAUUGGCUUCAAACCAAGUAAACUACAGCCUCAUUUAUCGAGCCCCGGAAGAAAAGGGUGUAAAGGCUGCCUGUGAUGAACUUGGGAUCACAUUGAUUGCCUAUUCACCAAUUGCUCAAGGUGUUCUUACCGGAAAGUAUACGCCGGAUAAACCCCCAAGUGGGCCUCGAAGUAGAAUUUAUACUCCGGAGUUCCUAACAAGGCUUCAACCUUUGCUGAAUAGGAUCGCUGAAAUAGGAAAGAAGUAUGAUAAAACUUCUACACAGGUAUCCCUGAACUGGCUGAUAACACAGGGCAAUGUGGUGCCGAUACCCGGAGCCAAAACAGCCGAACAAGCUGAGGAAUUCCGAGGUGCUCUUGGAUGGAGACUCAGUGAUGACGAGGUGGCUGAGCUUCGAAGUUUGGCUUCAGAAAUUGGGCCUGUCGUUGGUUUCCCUGUUGAAAACCUCUGAAAUUAUUAUAGUUAAGCGCUUUGUUAUUGCACCAUAUGGCUCCAAAACCAAUUGUAAAGUUAUAGCCCUGCAAAAAAUAAACAAGCACGUAUACUUAGAAAAUAAUACAAUAAACUGGUACAAUUCUUAAUU